CCAUCGAUCUGAGGCAGGAAACCAUGGCAAGCAGCCGGCCAGGCGAAAGCAACGGCGGUGCCACGGGUUCCACCCUUCCGUCCUGCAGAAAGUUAGAGCCGUUUUCUGAUGACGCUGUUAGCUUCUUCCUCAAGUACGACAUCUCUGCCGCCGCUGCCUUCAUGUCUUCCCUUCGUCAUUACCCGGUCAUGGAACAGAUUGAAAUCACGAAAAAGAAUCUGGAAUUAUUCAGGAAGCAUGAUUCCUCCUGGGGAGUGGCCGAGGAGGAUGAAGAUGAGGAGUAUGAUUACGAGGUGGACAAGGUUGAUGGCGAUGAAGAUGAUGAGGUGGAUGAAGCUGAGGAGGACGAGAAGGGGGGAGGUCAGGAGAUACUGAAGGUGAUGGUUGAUGACAAGAAACUUGCAACUGAUGGACAACAUCAACUCCCCAAUGAAGGUGAACGAGAGUCCAAGAAGCCAAGAUUAGCAGAGGGAUUUGGGUGCCAGGGAGAAGCUGAGGAUGUCAUUUAGCCAUGAAAAGUUGCAAGUGCAUUUGAAUUGAGGCUAUAUUUUUGGGGACUGAUCGUGCUGUUUCUUACUCAUCCGAAAUGUAGGAAAGGGAUGUCCUGAAAAAAAAUAAUUGUAACUUGAGUUAUUUAGAUGCAGAAAUGGCACAAAGCUAUUCUAUUGUUCUGUACCAAGUUUUGCUUGCUAUGGUAUGUAGUGAAUUGGUGUAAACAAACGUAUAUUAUGUUUAUCUCUCUGGGAAAUGCUUGAAAACAAAGAAGUUAUGUUC